AUGACAAUCAUCAACAUUUUCGAUGUCAACAAAACAGUGGCAGCAGGCAUUUUGCUGCUAGCCAUUGUGCCUGGAAUUUUCCUAGUGAGCGUUAUCAAGCACUACAGAGAUCCCCUAAGAAGCAUUCCUGGGCCAUUCUGGGCAAAGUUUACUCGGCUGUGGUAUUUGCGGCAGAUGCUCACUGGCAAAUCUCGUGAGACCAUUGUGAAACUUCAUGAGCAAUAUGGUAAACUGAGACUUUCUGCUUGUGUUGGAUUCUACCAAGGAUCCGUGGUGCGAAUUGCGCCAGAUGAGUUCAGCAUCUCCGACUUGGACAUCAUGAGAGAGGUUUACGGUCCGCGGACCACGUUUGAAAAGUCUGAGGCAUAUGCGCCGUUCACAAACCCAGGUGGAGUUACACUGGUGUCAGAGCGAAACAACAAAGCCCACAGAGAUCUACGUCGGAAGUUUCACUUCUCAUUUUCAUUUUCUCAAGUCAUCAAAAUGGAGUCUUUGAUUGACCAAGGUCUUGACAUUCUCUCGAAAAAGUUCAAUGAACUAGCGAAGGACGGUAGAGACUGCGACUUGCUACACUGGCUCAAAUUUUGGAGCAUGGAUAACAGUGCAUUGUUAAUCUUCGGAGAAAGCUUCGGAUGCGUUGAAAGCGACGCGGACAACAAUGGACUGUUGACACUUACCAGAGCAAGCACGUUCUAUGCUAGUGUGGUGGGUAUUAUUCCCGAGUGGCACAAAGCUCUUUGGAACCUUGUGCCAUCUUAUAUUUUGCGAGAGAAGGAGGUACGGAGCUUCUCAGAAAAGCAGAUUGCCGAAAAAGAAGCCGCCAAAGAUACCAAGGGAACAGCCUGUUUUAUGGAUACCUGGUUCCGACAAAAGGAAGCUGACCGCAUGGAUAACACUGAAGUUCGCAUUGGAAUCGGAGGCGCCCUAGGUGGAACCGAGCUCACACCUUCCUUUGUGGCUCAAUCGAUAUAUCAUGUCUACAAGAAGCCUGCUGUUUUGCAGCGUUUGAGAGAUGAGAUCGAUCCAGAGAUGAAGCGCUCAGAGACUGCUGAUCGUGGUAUCCUCUCUCACGACGCUGUACAGGGAAUGCCUUACUUACAGGCUGUUCUCAAGGAGGUCCUCAGGCUCUACCCAAUUGCUGCCAUUACAAUGCCUCGAGUAGUACCGCAAGGAGGUGCAAACCUUGUAGGUUAUCAUUUCCGCGCUGGGCAAGUCAUUGGUGCCAAUCCGUGUGCCGCAUCUCGCAAGGAAGAAUAUUUCGGUCAUGACGCUGGAGACUUCCGCCCUGAGCGUUGGCUAGAUGACCCAGAAGAAGCCAAGAAGGUUAACUACUACAGCUUGCCGUUCAGCAUGGGUGGAAGGGAGUGCAUUGGAAAGCACGUUGCUACUUUAAUGGUUUUGAAAGUACUGGCAUUGAUCUUCCAUUCAUAUGAUAUUGAGACUCCAGACAAAGACCUGGAGCUCUGGAACGACAUUGUGGUCCAAGUCAAGAGCCUGACAGGCCGAGUCCGGCCAAGACAAAGCUAG